GAUAAGAGGUCAGAUAAGAGGGGGAGAGGCGGUCGGUGCUCAGUCUACCUCACCUGCAGUCACCAUGAAGCUGUCGUUGCACGUCGCUCUCCCGGCCAUCUUGUCGUUGGCGGCAGUCCUGGUGUCCGAGUGCCGCGCUGGAUUCGCCCUCGUGGGACCGGGCUGCCACGACACCAACGGCGUGACGUACCAGCCGGGUGACGUGUGGUACACGGGUAGGCAGUGCUCGCGCUACGGCUGCUUCAACAAAGACGGCGUCGCCAGCACCUUCUUGAUCACAUGCCCCAGCUACCCGAUCCCAGUGUGCAACUACCGCCUGGAGAGCUCCCCCAUCGCUCCGUUUCCCUUCUGCUGCAUCCACCCGGUGUGCGUGUCCGGCUAGCAACUGCCGCUGCACACCACCGCUGCCCACCACUGCGACACCGUCAACUCCGUCGUGCAGUCGCCUACACCAACACCAGCGUGCACCCGGGGGUGGACAACACGUUGUGGAGUGGGGGCAGAGGUCAAGCUUCUACCUCUACAUGCUGUCUUUACUUCACACCCGCUAAACUUGCAGCUUGUUGACUAUGAAACCAUAAACAACAAUAAACGUUUGGAGAAACUUGU